AUGAGGCUAAUUACAUGGAUCGCCAAGCUUGGCUAUGGUGUCAGAGCUCUCCUAUGCAUUGAUGAUACUCGCAAAGACAGCACUGACGUCGACCCGACUUGGGCGGAGGUCAUGUCGAAUGCUCUCAUUGUGGACGAUACUACGGAGUGGAGAGAAUGCAUUGAAAGCCUGCGUUUCGAUGGCAUGCACCAAAGGCGAGACCAGGUCGCAGAUCCGCUGCCUGCCACCAACCAGUGGCUCUGGGAAACUGAAGAAUUCCAGGAGUGGAAAUCUUCUGGUAAAAUCUUGUGGAUAAUGGGUAAAGCGGGAAGCGGCAAAUCGGUUCUGGCGAAGAACAUCCAACAACGUCUUCAAAAGGAUGUUCCAAAUGGCGAUCUCAAUGACGACCCGUUCGUAUGUGACUGGUUCUAUUCAGCCCGAGGGCCUGAUUUUGGCGCCAAAGAUGCUUCAAUGCUGCGCGCUCUUACUUUCAACAUCCUCAGCUCAAGCAAGACGACUUUCGAACCUGCGACAGCUAUCUAUCGAGCAAGAUUUGAUGCUGGACGGCAGGAUGACGCCUGGUUGCUGUCGGAGCUGUCAGACCUUCUCACGACACUCGCGCUCAGCCCUUCAACGCCCCGAACACUCGCAGUGAUAGACGCGUUAGACGAGUCAGAGAGCGUGACAGGGCCAUCAAGUCUCAAAUCGACGAACAACAGUUUUGAUUUGCUGCAGAUGGUUACCGAGAUUGCGAGUCCCCGGAAAAGCCGCCUCCGCUUCGUCCUGUUGAGCAGGCCUGAGUCCGUCAUCUCCAAAAACCUGAACAAUUGCCUAAAGAUUAAGAUGGAGCAGUACAACAACCGAGAUAUUUCCAUCAUGAUUGAAGGCGGUAUCAAGAAACUUCGAGUGGCCUGGCAGAAUGCAGUCUCCCCCAACUCCGAAGACCAUGACCCGACGGAUUUCUACGAAGACUCCAACGUCUUAACUGACACUCAGUCUCAGAAGAGCCAGUCUUCCAAUGACAACCUCAAGAUACAGGAGGAAACACUGGGCGAGAUACGCGCGUACUUAGAAAUUAACGCAAAUGGCGUGAUGCUCUGGGUCAUCUUAAUUGUUCAACAACUUUUGCUCUUGAUCGAAAACGAGAGGGGGUUUACAGUCCAGAAGCUGCUUGCCUCGCUUACUGCGUCACCGUCAGAGGUUGAAGAAAUUUAUAUCAAAUUUCUCGAAGACCUUAAAGUUUCCAGUACGCCCCAAGAACUGUCAGAGACCAAGAGAAUUUUGGAAUGGAUUGUCGGGUCUCAAAGGGUGUCAUCAUUACGAUUAAGAGAGUUGCGGGAAGUAAUUGCGCUACCAGACCAGCUGGAGGUUGAGAAACAUGGAGAAUUCAGCCAUCAACUCAUCGCUUCACGCAGGAUUGUGCUUGGAGAAAACGGCUGGCCAAACUUCUGUCGCAUCAUGCAGACGUACUGCGGUCCGUUGAUAGAGAUUUUGGAUGAUCGGCAAAGGGUUGGACUGGACUCACGGCAGAAGAUCAGGCGCGCGGAAUCAGAUUGGACCAUUCAGCUAUCGCAUCAAACAGUCCAUGCGUUCCUACGGACGCCAGGCCGCAGCGGAGAAUUUUACAUUAACGCAGCAAGCGCCGAAGAAAUGGUCACAAACCAAUCCUACCGUUACCUUGGAAUUCGUACCUCAACACCAAGACAGGCGUCCUACCGAAGCGCCGCAGAAGGUGAGAGGGACCCAAUCCUGGUGCUGGAAGUGGCCUUGGCACCUUUGCUGCGAGAUGUUAGCUUGCUGGCAACUCGAGAAUACGCAAGGUCAAAGAAGCGGCCGCUUGUGGAGUUCGCCCUAGACGUCAUCUUGAAGUCUUACUCAGACAACACGACCAUCUUCCGAACAUUAGGGAAGGCUGAUACAGAUGGCUUGACAUCCAGAGACUGGAUAGCUAUUCAUUGGCUUGCAGACCUGUGUUUCACCCCAGCUUUUCCGGGCACAAAUCUGGAACCGUUUAUCCUCAACUGCUGCAAAAGUCCAACAUAA